AUGGAGUUUCAGAACUUUCGGAUUGGUUCUGGAAACAAGAGGAAAGCUCCAUCAACCAUGGCAAUGAAGGCAGUGAGCAGUGAGAACAGGUCGCAGUUAAUAAUCCAAUUUCAACAUCAAAAUCAAUAUGAUAUCAAAGAUCAUCAUUGUGAGACGAAAGUAAUUGACAACUAUAGAAAGUUGAUGCAAGAAAAAUGUUCCAACAAUGAUGCCUGUGAACCAACUAUACGGAAUGAUCGCCUUUUAGCCAAACCUUCAGCAGAUCCAAGAUUGUUGCCACUUUCACAAAGUAUGAUUGGAAAUAUUGUUCAAGGCUCUCGAGUCUCAAAUAAAGCUCGUCGUAAGGUUUCUCGAGCUCAGACAGGUGAAGAUGUUACAGCGGUCAAAAAUAGCCAGCAUACACUGCCAUCCCUGCAAAAUGUUAUUCAAGGAACCAGCAAAGAAGCAGGAACCUCUCUGGUACCCCCUACUCUUCCAAGCUCCAGAAGUUUUCCAUCUUCAGAAGAUGUAGAACAACUUGAUGGCUGUGUCACAUCAUCGCCCUUCAAAACUGAACCACUUCUGCAGCACACAGCAGCUUUUCCUUCUGACAAAACUUGUACACUGUCUUUUAGCCAUGGAUCCACAGACAGUUCCAAAUCAUACCAUCCCAUUCACGCAGUCCGUAGUUUGACGUCACCUGAAGAUGUUGAAAGGCGGGGUAACCAUAGAUCAGUAGGUGGCAGAAAAACACACCCAGGUGUGAUAAAAAGCACCGCCAGCCCAUGUAACUUGUACUCUGAAGACAAGAUUUGUUCAGCCCCUUCACAGCUUGAGAAGCAUGAAUAUGAGGAACUGAAAGUCACAUCAACCAAGCUAUCAGCAUUAGAUAUGAACAUACUGCCAACCCAUGUGGACAUCAAUGACAGAUUUAGGGAGAAGUUGAAGAAAAUGCCAGAUGCCCUUGUACAGAUGUCCAUUGAUCAGGUAAUGGGCGGUAGCAGUUUAAGGGAAGCUAGUAUCCCAGCUAAAGUCAUCACAUCCAUGUCACCCUCAGAGUUAGCCAAGUUGCACAAGACCCUUUCUCAAUCAGACGAGAUACUCAUGAUGCUUACCUAUACGGAUGGUUCAACGCAACUUCGAGAACCCAAGGAGACCAAGAAAAGUGCUUCUGCAACUACUCACAUGGAUGGUGCCGCUAAAUAUGUAUUAGUUGCAGUCCAACAGAAGACUGCUCAGAAGGAGUACAUCUUUGUUUCUUUUCCACUUUCGGGUCCUGGUAAAGAAAAUAAAUCUGAAGAAACGAGGAAAGUUCUGAUUGACAUACUCCAAUCAAAGUUCAGAACGAUUUGCUUUGAUGCUCAGGAACUGAUGCAUGCCAUCAUCAUAAACUACAGACUGGACCCCCAGUUAGGAUGCAACAAGUGGAUGAUAAUGGACCCAAAGAUUGCUUGCUGGCUUCUUGACCCGGACAAUCCUCCAGUCACAUUCUCUGAAAUAUUGAAAACCUUUGUGGCCGGAAAGUUCCAUCUAUCUUCAAAUAAUCAUUUGAUGGAUUUGAAAUUACUGGGACCAGUGAUGGAACAUCUGACAAACAAUCUCCAGAGGAAGAAUUUAUGGGAGUUGUUCGUCAACUUGGAAGUCCCCCUCAUCCCAAUACUGGCUGGUAUGGAAGUCCAGGGAAUACAAGUCGACCAGAAGAAGCUCAUAUCAUACAGUAACAUCUUGAAGGACGAGCUCAAAGCGGUUGAAAGGCAAUGCUACAAAGAGGCAGGGCAUCCUUUCCAGAUCACCAGUCAUAUUCAGCUUAGACAGGUUCUGUUUGAUGAGCUGAAGCUUGAUGAGCUAUGCCCUGGUCAAAAACUCCAAAGAACGAAUGUCCAGAAUCUCAAGUCAACAUCAGAAGCUGUGUUACACAAAUUGAAGAGCCUGCAUCCUUUACCCGAGCUUGUCUUGAACCAUCGGCAGCUGGUCAAACUCAAAUCAACGUACAUUGAUGGACUCUCUGAUUAUGUGUCUGGGGGCUAUGUCCACACCAGUUGGGAGCAAACUUCGGCUGCCUCGGGGCGACUUCAGUCGGCAAACCCAAAUAUUCAGAACAUUCCUAAGCAGCCUUUCAAAUUACACAAAGGCACGGAUGGUUCUGCGGCUGAUGGCCCUACGCUGUGGAUGAGAGAACCAUUCUACCCACAAGAUGGAUGGUCAUUCAUUGCUGCUGAUUUCCAGUCGAUCGAGCUGAGGAUCUUAGCACACCUCUCACAGGAUCCAGUUCUCUUGAAAGUCUUCAAUGAUGCUGGCAGUACCGAUAUCUUUGUUCAACUCACCUGUGAAUGGCUUGGAGUGAGUCCAGAUGAUGUGAAGACUACAGACCGAGAAAGAACCAAACGCAUCGUCUACUCCGUUGUGUAUGGUGUGGGGGCUGAACGCUUGGCAGAAACUCUUAAUGAUACAAAGGAAAAUGCGAAAGCAUUCACCAAGAGUUUCUUGGGGAAAUUCAAAGGAGUGAAUUCUUUCGCUCAACGCUGCAUCUCAGAGUGCCAGAGACAUGGACACGUGAGGACCAUCUUUCACCGGCAUCGACUCAUCUCAAACAUCAACUCGUUGAACUUCCAUGCAAGGUCUCAUGCAGAGAGGCAAGCCGUCAACUUUGUGAUACAAGGCUCAGCUGCUGACAUCUGUAAGCUUGCUAUGAUCAACAUCAUGAAAGUAUUAUCAGAAAGGAACAGUAUUAGAGCAAGAUUACUUGUCCAGAUCCACGAUGAGCUUCUGUUUGAAGUCCAUGAUGAAGAUAUUGAUGAAGUAAAAGGCAUUUUGAAGAGUGUCAUGGAGGCUGCUCCAACAUUGGGAGACUCCACGUGUAGGUUGAAGGUUCCUCUUCCAGUUUCUCUUAGCAUUGGAAAGAAUUGGGGUCACCUCAAACAAGUGUAAACUGCACAUCUACUUGUAGUGCCAUUU